AUGCCAGGAAUUCUACCUAUGAAGGUGAUCAAGGUUGGCACCAGCGCCCAAUCCCGCAUCGCACAGGCUUGCGAUAGGUAUGUUGGCCAGAAGUCCCAUCUACCGCAUAUACUCAUGUCCUGGUNNAGAUGUCGAAGCAAGAAGAUCAGAUGUGAUGGCAUCAGACCUAGCUGUUCACAAUGUACCAGCGUCGGAUUCGAAUGCAAGACUAGCGACAAGCUCAGCCGUCGCGCCUUCCCCAGAGGAUACACAGAGUCGCUGGAAGAAAGAGUGCGGAGUCUAGAAGCCGAGGUCAGAGAGUUGAAGGAGUUGCUCGACGAGAAGGACGAGAAGGUUGACAUGCUGUCGAAACUGCACUCUGCCUCUUCACAAUCGNGCAUUUCAGAACUCACCGCGGCGGCCAUCAGCCUCGCCAGCAGCUCCUCACCAAACACAACUAGCGAAGAUGUUUUUCAAGUUCAACAAACACUCCAGCUUGACGGCAACGGCACCAACGCCCACUUUGCCGGCACAUCAAGCGGAAAGGCCUUCUAUGACGCCUUCUCAAGACGAGUACAGGAACUUGGCCGCGCAUUACCAGCCAUCAACGUUCAGAAUCUAUUACCCGGAAGCACCCACAUUGCCCCUCGGGAUCCCCUCUCAGACCCCAUCGUCUGGAAGGCACCUGCCAGACUCGAAUCCGACCAACUGAUUGGCAUUUUCUUCCAAGAGUGGGCACCGCUCUUCCCAAUUCUGCAUCGUCCCACCUUCCUCGAGCUCUACCAGUCUUACAUGUCCGCCCCCGAGAACGUUAUAGACAACUGCAGCCAUGCUCAGCUCAACCUCGUCUUCGGAAUCGCUGCUUUGUCUAGUGGUGCAGCUAUUGACACGAUACUCUCCGAUCACAGCAUGCCUACUUUGCAGUGUCUCGUUCUGGCACAACUAUACUGCAUGCAACGUGGAGACUAUGACAGGCUUCUAACAUACAAGGCACUUGCCGUCACCCUUUCCUCUAGAUUGGGCCUGCAUCAAUCACAGAAGCGUUUCGCUCUUGCUNUCUCUGCUGUCACUCUAGGUCUUCCUAAACAGCUCAAGGAUGAGGACGUCCACUGCGAAGAGCCUCGUGAUGCCGAUGAGGAGUACGUCGAUGAAUCUGGGUUCAAAGCGCCUUGCCCUGGCGAGUAUACCAGAGUAUCUAGCGCACUAGCACUCUUCCGCGCUGCUCGUAUUCUCUCUCGGGUGUUAGAAGAGAUCUAUCCCGCUCGUUCUUCAUACGAUCUAUCUCUCCAACAGCUCUCGGCUUUGUCGGAAGAACUCGACGCGUGGCACGGCGCCCUGGCGCCACACCUGCGCCUUCCAUUUGCCAACGACAAACCGACUACCGGAACUGUUAGCAGCCGAUCUCCUUUGCUGGUAUGUCAUCCGGGCGUCACAACAAAAACAUUGGCUAAUUUUCACAGUNCAUUGACUUACCACUUCAUCCGCGCUCUUAUCCACCGACCAGCAGUGUGCGCCUCCCUCGGCCCACGAGCUUCUUCGUCCCUGCUUGCAGUGGCCGGAUCCUCUAAACACAGUAUUCAGAUUGUCGAACUGCUGAGCGAGAGAGGACUUACCUUCUCGUUCUGUAUCAACAAAGAUGAGCUCCUUGUCCUAUCUGGAUUGGGACUUCUUUUCCAAAGUCUGGAACUCGGAGAGAGCAGCAAGCUGGUCAAGGACAACCAAAAGAUGACUUCGGCUGUCGUCAAUAUCUUGACUCAGACCAAGGCACCCUCUGCAACGGAGUUCCAAAAGCUCACUCCUUCCUGUCCAGCCAUCUCAGCACAGCUUACAGCUAAACAGCAACAACCGCCGUUGUCGCGCCAUAACUCUGAUGGCGCUGUUCGUCCUUUGGGCUUUUCAUCAAACCAUGGAAAUGCUUCUCCAACAGAGAAGAAUCGAUUCAAGGCAGCAGCUCAAAGGCUCAUGGUCAAGAAUCCCUUCGAUCGUCAUGAUCAAAGGCGGGCGACAUUCCCGAACAUCUCACUGCACCACAAUGCGAUCCAGACACAGAGCCAGCCCAUCAUACCCCAGGUCUCUACCUCCGAACCUGCAUAUAGCCCCGCCAAUCCUUCCNCCGCACCACUACCCGCAUCCGCGUCCGCCCGACCAUCAGCGCCACCAAACCUAAGACCAGUGCGAUCCUUCUCUCAGCAGCAGCUCAAUCUAGACUAUCUCUCCUUCAGCAACGUUCCCACCCGGACACACUCACCUGAUGCUCACGCAUCCAUCAAGCAAGAACCUUCGGAUUGGGAACGCCUGCUCGGCUCGCUGGACAACGGCCAAACCAAUAUCUUUGACAACAUCUAUGGCGGUCCACCUGUUGAGUUUCUUGACGCCCACCACCACCAAAAUGUAAAGCACAUUACCCCCAUGGCUUCAAGCUUGCCCAACCCGGCUCCCCAAUGGCUCCAGUCACCCNCUGACGUCUGGACCGUCACAAACUCUGACAUCAACGCCAUGACCUGCAGCAUGGCUGGUAGUGUCGCCCACCCCGAGAGUGUCUUCAGCAUUGGCACUGACGAGGAUGGCACUGCUACUGGUGAUGAGCUGUUUGGCAAUGACUGGGGCAGUGGCAGCAGCACUCAUGGAAGCGAAGCCUACCAUGCAGGCAUAAUAAUGCCACAACUGACCUCCGAUGAGCACAGCAUGUUGAGCAGCAUGUGGGGAGAGACCACUGCAGCUCUUCGAGUCUCAUAA